CGGGUGCAGGUGCUAUCUGUUCGUGUUCAGACUAAUCUGCAUAUAAGCAAUUACUGCACUAGAAACAAGAUGAAAUACUUGAUUGUAGGAGUCGUUCUGGCUACGGUCUGCAUCCAGGCCAUCAGCGCGUUGAAAUGCAUGCAAGGCAUUGAAGUGAAAGCUGACAAUAGCAACGGGGUGCAAAAAAAUGAGAAACCUCUGGAUAUUGAGGAAUGCGGUGCUGGAACCACACUGGCCUCAGCCGCAUUGCUGUUCACGGCGAAGCCCAGCUCAAUCAGUUUUCCAUCGGGUGACUACAAGUGUUACCAUCUGAAGUACAACCAAAAGAACAGCGAGUUGUCGACCAUUAUCAAGGGUUGCAUCUACAAGUCCCUGGACGUUUGCGACGGCAAGUUCUCGUCGGACAACGUCCAGGAAAGUUUCUGCAGUCAAUGCGACAUGGAUGCUUGCAACUCCGCCGGUCGAUACGGGUUCGACCUGAAGCUGCUGGGAUUGACCCUGGUCGCCAUUGUAACUUAUCUGCUGAAGUAGAGGGCUGCUGGGCGGUAGCUCACGCUUCCAAGUCGUGACUCGUUUCAUCUCUUACAAUCUCAUCUUUUACGCUUUAGUGUAUAUGUGCGCGUGUUUCAAAUUGAAGGGAGGGAGCGAAAUCUGUAUGACAGACUCCUCUCUAGGAUAUUGUGCUUUGUAGUAGAUGAGCUAACCAUUUGAAAAUAGUGACAGUGAAGAAGACAACUGCAAAAAAAAUAGAUACCCAGACCGUUUUUAUCGAAAAUCGAUUCCAGAAUCAAACGAAGACCAACGCAGAAAGGAAAUGAUACACCAAAAUGUGCUUUGCAGAAAUUGUUAACUCAGGAGACGAUGUGA